GUGACUACUGGUGGAGAACGAGUCACGUGUGCUAUGCAAAUGAGCCAGCUGUCCGAGAGGAAGGCUCCUGCUCAGCGGCUCUGCGGGCUGAAGAUGGCGGACGGAGAGAACAGUCUCAAAACGGCCCUUUCGGGCGCCUCCGAUACGGGGGAACCUCCGGCUAAGAUUUCGAAAAUCAGUCCAGGGACUAACUAUGGACUAAAAGCCGUCGAAGCGGACCAGUUCUCGUGCGUCUCCGCGGCAACUGAGAGCUGGGAGGCGGCGUUGAAUUGUGCGCAGCCCGCGGAGAAGGAAGCUAAGCCGGUGAUGGCGGUAGAACAGGCCCCGGCAGCGCUAGGCGGAGACAACAAUGGACUGGAAGUAUUGCUCUCCGACCCUCACAAGCCAGUUGGAAAACUGGACGACACCACUGUCUUUGGCGCAACCGAGGACAGUCCAGAUUUUCUUGGGCACGAUGAUCUUCCCUCUAACGGUUUGGCUGUCACUCCGGAGCACAUCACUGAAGACGAUGACAGGUCCUCGCAUGCAAGCUCCAGCGACUGGACUCCUCAACCGCAAAUAGGUUCCUACAGUUUCAUCCAGCAGCACAUUAGAGAGACAGAUCCAAGGGCCAUCCUGAGGGAUUUGCUGCCCGAGACUGUACUCCCACCAGAUUUAGAUGACAUGACAUUGUGGCAGAUCAUCAUCAACAUCUCAGAGCCUCCAAAAAGAAAGAAGCGGAAAGAUAUUAAUACCUUAGAAGAUGUAGUCAGGCUACUACAUGAAAGUAAAAGGAUACUAGUGCUGACUGGUGCUGGGGUUUCAGUUUCAUGUGGAAUACCAGACUUCCGCUCCAGAGAUGGAAUUUAUGCACGGCUUGCUGUAGAUUUUCCAGAUCUUCCAGAUCCUCAAGCUAUGUUUGACAUUGAGUACUUCAGACGGGACCCUAGACCGUUUUUUAAGUUUGCUAAGGAGAUCUACCCUGGGCAGUUUGAACCUUCUCCCUGUCAUAGAUUUAUAUCUAUGCUAGAUAAGCAAAGAAAGCUGCUGCGCAAUUAUACACAAAACAUUGAUACACUGGAACAAGUGGCUGGGGUUCAGCGGAUUAUCCAGUGUCACGGGUCAUUUGCAACUGCAUCCUGUCUCGUCUGUAAGCACAAAGUGGACUGUGAGGCUAUAAGGGAAGACAUCUUUAACCAGGUUGUCCCUCAUUGUCCACGGUGUCCAGAUAUCCCUCUGGCAAUCAUGAAACCAGACAUUGUCUUCUUUGGAGAGAACCUUCCAGAAAUGUUUCACAGAGCCAUGAAACAGGAUAAAGAUGAGGUGGAUCUCUUGAUCGUCAUUGGCUCUUCGCUUAAAGUCCGACCGGUUGCCCUCAUCCCAAACUCCAUUCCUCAUGAAGUGCCUCAGGUCCUGAUCAAUCGGGAGCAGCUGCCUCAUCUGAACUUUGACGUGGAGCUACUCGGGGACUGUGACGUCAUUAUCAACGAGCUCUGUCAUCGAUUGGGUGGAGACUUUGAGCAGCUCUGCUACAACACUGUAAGAUUAACUGAGAUCACAGAGAAACCCCCUCGGUUACCAGAACAGCCACCAAGCGAGGCCUUGUCUGCUUCGAGUGAUGCGACUCAGGAGGAGCAGAAGCGGCACACUACAGACUCAGUAAAUAUGCCUUCGGAGGAGACAGAAAGUCUGAAUGUCACAGAGACUGCUGAUAAUAAUGUUACACCUCUAGAGCCUUGUCCAAAUGCUCAGUGUCCAACGGAGAGCACUGAAUCUCCAGAGAAAGCAGCAGAAGGUGCGCCAAAAGAGGAGGCACCCGAACGAAAGAGUCAAACCUCCAACCUUGAAUUUCGUAGACGUUGCUGGAUGAGUCGAGUUAACAGAACUCCAAUCAGCAAACGCCUUGAGGCAGGCCAAUACCUGUUUCAACCACCAAAUCACUAUAUCUUCCACGGGGCAGAGGUUUAUUCUGACUCUGAAGAUGAGACGUCGAGCUCCUGCGGGAGUGACAGCGAGGACUCUGAAUGCUGUGCUGAAGGGGAGGAAGACGACAGCGAGCCGGAGGAUGCCGACGUAGUACCAGCAGUGGAUGGAGAAACAUGCCUCAAAGACAUAGUACAGCACACUGUAGCCACUGAGGCCACGUCAAGUGUGCAGACAGACAAUAAUUCUGAAAAGACUGAGAGUACCACACACCUUUAAAUGUAAAUUACCCAGUCAACAAAGCACUAAUUGUCUUUUUAUAGAUAUAUAUAUAUAUAUAAAUAUAUACAUAUAAGUUUCAUAUAUUUUUGACUCUUCAUCCUUAAUAUUCAGGGUUUCCUCCAGAAAUGUUGUUAGACCCAGUGGUCAAAGGAGAUUUAUUCUGUUUGGUAGCAAAUAAUCCAGUGUCUUUCUCGCUUUUCAAACCAUAAGUAGGUAGUAAAUAAUAGGCUGUAUGAGUGGAAGAGCAUUAAAUUAGACGAAAAAGUCUUGGCUGUUAGCUACACAAAUCAAAAAAAGAGUAUUAGUUUAUCACAGUUCACCUGUUCAUUUUUUACUUUCAGGAUUCCCUGUUGUAACUCUUCUGAGUGUGUGUAUUUGUGGGUUAACAAACUGAACGGCUGUAGCUGCUCUUUCAUAGAUUGAAAGUAAAUGUAAAUACAUUCAAACAUGUUUAGUGUUCAGCGGGCCUCUGGGCUGUCAGUAUUCUGGUGGAAACCCUGCUCUCGUUUUUCAUAAAGUUGAAGUUGUGUGGCAACUUUGUGUGAAUAUGCAGCAGGUUUGUUUUUUUUUCCCCUCUUCUUUCUUUCUCUGCCCUGUUUGGUCACAUGCACAUGUGUCUGAAACUACAUACUGUAUACUACUUACUAAAUAGAGUACUGUGGGGUUUUUUUUUUCUUAUGUUUACUUUCCAUGUUGUUUUCUGAUUUUGCAUUCACAUUUUCAGAAAUUGAAUUAUUACUUUAAUUUAGAUUAAGCUUUAAUUUCUACAUUGCAGUGACUACAGGCAAAUGUUCCAAAUGUUAUUUUCGGUCCAUACAACGACAUCACCUGUGGUCUAAUAAUACUUUUUAGAGCUGGUUCAUGCUACCAUUAGAAACAUCAGUUUGUAAGCCAGCAGCUGAUAAAUGGUGGGUACUAUGAGUUUCAGACACAUACAUAAAUCUUCUGAUGGUUUACUUGAACGCACUAACUGCAAUAUAGAAAGUUCAGUUCUGCCUUUUCAUAAGGGUCAUUGGUGGAAAAGUGACAGUACUCUUUAAUUUUAGACCAAAGAACACUUUAUCAACACUCUCCUUCGUUGUCAUAAGCUUUGUAUGUUUAAUCUGUCAUUUAAAAUUUGGAAAAAAAUAUAUAACUAUCGACAAGGUGUUCCUUCUGACAUGUGGCAGCUACUUUUUAUGGUCAAGCCUCUUAUUUUUAUACUCUGAUGUGAGACAUACUCAUCAAAGGGUAGAUGAUGGUUUUUAUCUGUACAAAGGUAUACUGAGUUGUAAUAAUAAGCCUUAGGAAUAUAUUCACAUUGAAAAUGGCACUUUUUGUCCUCCUUAUAAACCUGGUUUUGUUGCCUGUGUCACUUUUCAUUGAGCAUUAAGGAGUCUGCUGCCUGCAAAGUGUUGGUAUAUAGACAUAAUUGAGCCACUGUGUUGGAUACAUGUCUACACCAACAUAAUUCACAUGCCAUUGACAAGGUAAUGUUUUGUUUACGUUUUAAGAAGAAACAUUUUUACAUCAUUCUAGUUGUUAUUUCUCAUGGAGUUCUCAGUAAAAAAUAUAGGAAAGAACA